AUGUCUUUUCUAGGUGGCGCCGAGUGCUCAACGGCGGGCAAUCCUCUGACGCAAUUCAAGAACCACGUCCAAAAUGACAACUCGCUCCAACGAGACCGCCUUGUCGGGCGAGGCCCUGGUGGCCUGGAAGAAAGUAUGCGGUCUCGCAUGGCCCCAAAUGGAUCAGAUCAGAUGAUGAACGACUUUAUGCAUCAGACCGGUCAAUUGCCACAGCCUUUCGCAAUGGAACAUCUACGACAAGACCUCCCCAGUGUCCAAGGGCUCACUCGUCGAUCACCGUCCCCUGGCUGGGUCGCGGAUUUUGAUCCUGGCGAACAAGCCCGCAUGGAGGCUGCGUUCGCCAGUUCGAAGAUGGCAGCACAGCGACCGAAUGGAUUCUCUCCACAAGAAUUUGCCCGCUUCCAGCAAUCUAGCCCACAGCGGGUCGCCAGUCCUAUCACACACACUCCUUCGAUGAUGAACACAUACCAAAGGCCUAUGUCCAUGGGAUAUAUGGGCGGGAUGAAUAUGGGCAUGAAUUAUACACCAAUGCAUAUGCAACAACAACCGGAACAGACCACAGACAAGGGGAAAGGUAGAAUGGUAGAACUUGACGACGCAAACUGGGAAGCCCAGUUCAAAGAACUCGAAACACAGCAAGACAGUCUGUCAGAUCAGGCCAACGACGCUAUGGAGCGAGAACUGAAUGAAAUUGACAGUGUGGGAUAUGGGAUCCUGGCUGAACACGCAUUUAGACAAAUGGCCGAAGAGGCUUCCGAGUACGAGAAUACAUUCUCGAACGAAGAUUUUGCCGCUUGGGAUAAUUUCGAUUCCACUAUGGGCAUGGGCACCCAUAACCCGUUCGAACGAGAACCAAUGCUAGGAGACUACAUGUUUGAGUCGAACAACCCGUUUCUGGAGGCCAAUCAGGCAUCCAAAUCAGCUUUUGAACAAGGAAAGGAGAUUCUUGACUCGCAUGGAAAUCUAUCUCUUGCAGCUCUGGCGUUUGAGGCGGCCGUGCAGCAAGACCCUAACCAUGUGGAGGCCUGGGUCCUGCUCGGUUCGGCUCAAGCCCAGAAUGAAAAGGAAGCGCCUGCCAUCCGGGCCCUCGAAAGAGCCUUGCAGUUAGAUCCAAACAACCUAGAUGCUCUGAUGGGUCUAGCGGUGUCCUAUACUAAUGAAGGAUACGACAGCACGGCCUAUCGGACCUUGGAGCGAUGGUUGAGUGUCAAAUAUCCUCAGAUUCAUCCUCCCGAAAACCUGUCGGACGCCUCCGAAGUAGGAUUCACUGAUCGUGCAAUCCUACAUGAACGUGUUGCGGAUCUAUUCAUCAAAGCGGCUCAGUUGUCGCCUUCCGGGGAGCACAUGGACCCUGAUGUCCAGGUGGGUCUUGGAGUUCUGUUUUAUGGCAACGAGGAUUUCGAGAAAGCUGUCGAUUGUUUCAAAGCUGCCCUUGCAUCAGCAGAGACCGGAUCGGCCAACAGCGCCGGACAGGUACAUCUAUUGUGGAACAGGCUUGGUGCAACACUGGCGAAUUCGGGUCGGUCGGAGGAUGCCAUUACCGCCUAUUGUAAGGCUCUCGAAGUCAACCCCAAUUUCGUGCGGGCCCGAUACAACCUGGGAGUUUCCUGCAUCAACAUUGGUUGCUAUCCGGAGGCAGCCGGACACCUGCUGGGGGCCUUGAAUCUGCACCGCCUUGUCGGCGAACAGGGUCUGGAUCAAGUGCGUGAGAUUGUGGCAGAUGGGAAUGGCGGGAUCCCCGAGGCCGAACUUGAAAGAAUGAUUCAACAAAACGAGAGCACAAACCUUUACGACACCUUACGAAGAGCAUUUACUGGGAUGGGACGGAGGGACCUGACUGAGCGAGUGGGUGCCGGCAUGGAUCUGGACCAAUUUAGGACGGAAUUCGACUUCUGA